GGAUAUUUGGAACUUGGAAGUAUGAUCUCGCGGUCGCGCCUAUUAUUAACAGCUGUAUAUAGCUCAUGGCACAGGAAGAACAUUCGAUUUUGACCAUUUUGGCACGAAAGUAUCCUCAUGCGCUGCUGAGUUGGGGCGCUCUUUGGGGCCUCAUUAUCAUUUCUUUUUCUUUUUCAAAAUUCCUUCUCCAAAGCUCCCACCUCAUUCCUACCAAUCGGAGCCUCCAUCUCUGGCUCCCUGCUCCCGCUUUCUCUCCCCGCCGGAAUCUUGCUCUCUUGCUCUCUCCUCCUCCCAUGCACUACUCUUAGGGUUUCGCGGAGCUGCUCCACUUUCCCAGUCAUGUCACGUCAGACUCCCACCUCCGCCUUUCUUAAAUCCAAGACCCUCGACAACAAAUAUAUGCUUGGAGAUGAGAUAGGAAAAGGAGCAUACGGUCGAGUUUACAAAGGUUUGGACCUAGAAAAUGGAGACUUUGUUGCAAUUAAGCAAGUUUCUUUGGAGAAUAUUGCUCAGGAGGAUCUCAACAUCAUCAUGCAAGAGAUCGAUUUAUUAAAGAAUUUGAACCACAAAAACAUUGUAAAAUAUCUUGGAUCCUUGAAGACAAAGACUCACCUUCACAUUAUUCUUGAGUAUGUGGAAAAUGGUUCACUAGCUAAUAUUAUCAAGCCAAAUAAAUUUGGACCUUUUCCUGAAUCACUGGUCGCUGUUUAUAUCGCUCAGGUAUUGGAAGGCUUGGUUUACCUACAUGAACAGGGUGUCAUCCAUCGGGAUAUCAAGGGUGCAAAUAUAUUGACAACCAAAGAGGGUCUAGUCAAACUUGCUGAUUUUGGUGUUGCAACGAAGUUGACAGAGGCUGAUGUUAAUACGCAUUCAGUUGUUGGAACUCCAUAUUGGAUGGCUCCAGAGGUUAUAGAAAUGUCUGGGGUUUGUGCUGCUUCUGACAUUUGGAGUGUUGGCUGUACUGUUAUUGAACUUCUUACAUGCGUUCCUCCGUAUUAUGAUCUACAGCCUAUGCCAGCUCUCUUUCGUAUUGUUCAGGAUGAGCAUCCUCCAAUUCCUAAUAGCCUUUCUCCUGAUAUUACCGAUUUUCUGCGUCAAUGCUUUAAGAAGGAUGCUAGACAAAGGCCUGAUGCUAAGGCUCUGUUAUCGCACCCAUGGAUACAAAAUUGUAGGCGGGCGCUGCAGUCAUCUCUUCGACACAGUGGAACGUUAAGAAAUAUAGAGGAAGAUGAUUCCACAGAUGUAGCAGCUUCUGGUGAUGAUCAGAAGAGUGCUGGUGAAGGCUCAUCUGUGGAGAAAGUGAACCCACUGAAAGAGCUGUCAAUUGAGGUUGUUGGUGGCAGCAAACGUCAUGAGGACUUAGGUUCAGAUUCUGAUUUUCUGAAUGAGAAAAUAGAGAAGCAGGAUGAUGUGUUUUCAGAUCAAGUUCUCACUUUAGCUAUUCAUGAGAAGCUGUCUCUACAAACUGGAUCUAGUAAGCCCUGUUCUAAUGGAGAAGUUGCUAUCACAGAGAUGAGUACAGAUCAUGACAUUCCCAAUACAAAAGACCAUAAUGAAGUCAUGAUGCAUGGAGAAGUUGGAUCUCCAGAAUCACGAGGGAUUGAUAGAAAGCCUGGGGGAAAGGGUAGUUCUGUCACCAGUGGCAGUAUAUCAUUCUGUUUUGGACCAAGAAGUCAGGACAAUGGUUCCCUAAAGGCUAUGAAGAUGCUUCCCUCUUUGGAAGGGAAUGAGCUGAGCAGAUUUAGCGAUCCUCCUGGAGAUGCCUCUUUGGAUGAUUUAUUUCAUCCAUUAGAUACCCCUAGAGACUCUGCAGCUGAGGCUUCCACAUCUACAUCCACAUCACACAGGACAAAUGAUAAUGCAUCUAUGAAUAAUGGUGGGAAAAGUGAUUUGGCGAAAGAGUUGAGGGAAACUAUUGCUAGGAAGCCGUGGGAGAAGGAGAAUAAUGGGAAGAAUACUAGUGGUGGGAAUCUUUUAGCCUUAAUGAUGGGAGUCAUAAAAGAUGAUGUAAUUGAUAUAGAUGGUCUGGUUUUUGAUGAAAAAUUGCCUGGAGAAAACCUUUUCCCUUUUCAGGCUGUUGAGUUCAGCAAAUUAGUUGGGUCAUUGCGACCAGAGGAAUCUGAAGAUGUGAUUGUCACUGCAUGUCAGAAGCUUAUCACUAUCUUUCACCAACGUCCAGAGCAGAAGAUUGGUUUUGUUACCCAGCAUGGUUUACUUCCACUUACGGACUUGCUAGAAGUUCCUAAAACUCGUGUCAUAUGUUCUGUACUCCAGCUUAUAAAUCAAAUCAUUAAGGAUAAUACUGAUUCAAGAAAUGCUUGUCUUGUUGGAUUG